CGAGAAGAUAUAAGCGCGGUCGCUGUGGAAACGAGGACGGCAAUGGCGGCGAAAGGGGUCUCGGUUCUCCUCAGGCGGCAGCAGCAACACAAACGGCGGCGGAAGCUACUACGCAAAGCGGCCCAGCGUCGCCAGGGCCGGGCCAGGGCCAAAGCGGUUCCCGAGCCGGAGACCGAGGCCUGGCGGGAGUUCGCCGCCUCCUUCGUGGCCGCGGGGCUGGUCCCUCCGCCAGAAAAAGAGGCCUGGACAGUGGGAAAGGCAUAUGAAGGCAGCGUCGUGGUGCUCUUGCCUCAGGGACGGGUGCUGACGUUCACAGGGAAGUGCUGCCUGACCUGCCUCUAUGGCUCCGUUCGGGUCUUUGGCUUCACCAUUAAUCCAGACCAGCCUCCCUGCCACCUCUUUUCCCCAGAUUCCCAUUGCCCCCUCUCCAUCCAGGCCUUGGAGCCCAAGGGGAUUGAAGCAUCUGAAAAAGAGGGGAGGACAGAGGCCCGGUCCAUUCUCCGGGCCCACCAGGUGCCCCAAGAGUCUAGAUGCAAACUGAUGAAGACCUUCUCUCCCCAGUGUGCCAUCGUUCUUCUGGAACAUCUAGAUACUCCAGUGACCAGGUUCAUCCUCAGUCACCCAUCUUUCGCCCACAUUUUCAGAGCGAAAAGACAGAAGGUGCCCUCCUUUGCCCCAGAAGACGCUAUCCUUGCCUCCGCUGGAAUCGGGAAGGUGGAUCCGGAGAGCGGCCUGAUGAUGUCAGAGAGCACCAUUUCUGCCAUCGAGGAGUUAACCCAAGCCUGCCAAGAGGAAGUGGACUGCUGCCCUGUCAUCCUGGUCUGUGGCCCCAAAAGUGUGGGCAAGUCCACUUUCAACCGAUAUCUGAUCAACCUCUUGCUCAACCGCCUCCCCUGCGUUGCGUUCCUGGAGUGUGACCUGGGGCAGCCCGAAUUUACUCCUCCUGGAUGCAUUUCUUUGCUGAACGUGACAGAGCCCCUGCUGGGCCCGCCAUUCACUCACCAGCGAAGUCCCCGCCGAAUGGUGUACUUUGGGGAGACCAGCUGCGAACAGGACACUGAAAGAUACCUUGACACCCUGAAAUACGUCUUCAGGGCCUACGAGAGGGAUGCCCCCCUGGUAAUCAACACCAUGGGAUGGGUGAAAGGGUCUGGCCUGCUGCUUCUGCUGGAUCUGAUCCGCCUGCUGGCACCCAGCCACCUGGUUCAAAUCAGUGCUCAGGGCUUCCAGGACAUGCCCCGGCUUUCCCCUGAAUACAUGCACCACACCCCCGGGCUGCACACCAGAGGCCCAGGGGCCCUCAAGGGCAAGGGCCUGAGGGGCAGGACAGAAGCUGUAGAAGAGCAGCCCAGGAGCCAUGGAGCCGGACACAAGCUGCUCUGCGUUCAGCCCCAGUUCCUGGGGGCAGGGGCUGCUGGCCACGCGCGGACCCACAGCAGCACCUUGCGGGACCUGGCCCUCUUGGGCUACCUGGGCCAGCUGCAGCCUCCAGAGCAGGAGCCAGUGCUUCCUCUGCACAGCCUGGUGCCUUACCAGGUGCCCUUCGCGGCUGUGGCCCUAAGGGUCAUCCACGCGGAGGUUGCCCCGUCCCACGUCCUGUGUGCCCUGAAUGCCAGCUGGGUGGGUCUCUGCCAGAUGCCAGAAGGGGUGCCUUCGCAGGUGGAUGGCCCUGUCCUGCUGACACAGACACCCAUCUGUGACUGUCUGGGCUUUGGCAUCAUCCGAGGCGUUGAUGUGGAGAAACAGCUCUAUCAGCUCCUGACUCCAGUUUUGCCGGAGAAGCUGCGGCUGGUGAACUGCCUCCUGGUCGGGAACAUCUCAAUCCCUCACUGCAUCUUCCUGAACCAAGUGGGCAUUGAAGGGGAGGCCCCCUAUGUCACAUCUGGCUACAACUUCGACAUUUCAGGGGCCGGGAAGCUGAAGGUCAAGAGGCACCUCAAGAGGCGCGGACUCACUCAGCUGCCGACCUGAACCUCUCCUUGGGACUCUCCUUUUUACCUUUAUGUAUUUCUUUCUUUCUCUCCCCCCCCCCCCCCUUAUGAAAAUUAAACCAUUUGGCAUAAACUGCA